AUCUUGAUCCAUAUCGGCUUCCUGACGGAGGAGUCGGGGGAUGUUUUCAGUCCGCGGGUGCUGAAGGGGGGCCCGCUGGGCGAGAUGGUGCAGUGGGCUGAUAUCCUGGCUGCCCUCUUCCUCCUGGGACACAGCCUGAGGGUCACAGUCUCCCUGAAGGACCUACAGAGUCACUUAGGGGUGCCUCCAGGACGGGGAAACUGCCCCUUGACCAGUCCUUUGCCUUUCGACCUGAUUUACACCGAUUACCACGGUCUCCAACAGAUGAAGCAGCACAUGGGGCUCUCCUUUAAGAAAUACAGGUGCCGCGUCCGGGUCAUCGAUACCUUUGGGACGGAGCCGGCGUACAACCACGAGGAGUAUGCCACGCUGCGUGGCUACCGCACCAACUGGGGCUACUGGAACCUACAGCCCACCCAGUUCAUGACCAUGUUCCCUCACACCCCCGACAACUCCUUCAUGGGCUUCGUGUCGGAGGAACUCAACAAGACGGAGAGGCAAUUCAUCAAGUCCAACAAAGUGAGCAGCAUGGCGGUGGUGUACGGGAAGGAGGCCAGCAUCUGGAAGGGCAAGGAGAAGUUCCUGGCCAUUCUCAACAAGUACAUGGAGAUCCACGGCACGGUUUAUUACGAGACGCAGCGGCCGCCCGAAGUCCCGGCAUUUGUGAAGAACCACGGGCUGCUCCCACAGCAUGAGUUUCAGCCGCUGCUGAGGACUUUUUUUUGGGGGAGGGGCACCGGCCGUUAUCUGCCCUCCUCCCAG